GCGUCACAAGGAUAUUGGAGACUUCCCCAGGAGUUGCUGAAGUGACUUUUGUGGAAAAGGAGCCUGCUGAACGCCACACAAUCGUCUCUUGGGAGCAACUGUUGUUCAGGUGUUGGGUUAAGUGAGCUGGAAAGUUUGAGGCACCAUGACUGCAAGCCAGCUCAGGCCUGGGAACACAGAGUGAUAUUUGCUCAUUCUUCUGUUGAAUGGAGAGGACUGCUUCUCCUGGACACGGUGUUCAUUCCUCUCAUUUUCAGAAAAACUCCUGUGUAUUACCUGAGGAUUUAAAGAACUUCUAUCUGAUGACCGAUGGCUUCCAGAUGACUUGGAGUGUGAAGACUGAUGAUACUCCAAUGCCCCUGGGCUCCAUGGUGAUUAACAGUGUCUCGAAGCUGUGUCGGCUUGGGGGUUCCUCUAUGUACACUCUGCCUAGUGCUCCAACUCUUGCUGACCUGGAAGAUGACACAGACGAGGAAGGUAAUGGAGACAAACCCGAGAAGCCACACUUCGAUUCUCGUAGUCUUAUCUUUGAAUUAGACCCAUGCAAUGGGAAUGGGAAAGUGUGUCUUGUUUAUAAGCAUGCUGAACCAGUGGUCUCCCCAGACACAGAGAUCUGGUUCCUGGACAGAGCUCUGUAUUGGCAUUUCCUCACCAAGACCUUCACAGCCUACUACCGCCUGCUCAUCACCCACCUGGGUCUCCCACAGUGGCAGUAUGCCUUCACCAGCUAUGGGGUCAGCCCCCAGGCCAAGCAAUGGUUUAACAUGUAUAAACCCAUAACCAUCAACACAGCACUCCUGUCUGAAGAAGCUGAUUCCUUUGUGAACAAGCUGGACCCCAAUAAAGUAUUUAAAAGCAAGAACAAAACUCCAGUGCUCAAGAAGAAACCACCUUCACAGCCACCAGGCUCCCAAAAGAGUCACACAAACAUGACCUCUGCCAAGACAUCCACGCUAGCUGGGAAUUCUUCAAGGAAGUGAGGCCAUCAAAUCUGACCCUGGACAACAUUUGCAAUAAGCUUUGAUGUUUUCUGCUGCAGAGUCUCAGUGGUCCAGACCAAGUUCCUUGUGCAUGAAUAGAUGUGCCCAUGGAAAACAUUGCAGCACUUGCAUGAAAUAUAACCACAAUGUGAAUGUAGUUCCUGGAGGGUCUUAGAAAAAAAACCAAACUUGAUACACCAAUUGCAUUCCCUUCUGCUACUUGAAGCAUGUACUUUUCAGAAGGCAUGAAGAAACCUUUGAUGUCACUGCUCUGUAGGGAAGUUUUUGUUCCUGUACAACAAGGAAGUUGAAAUCUAGCAGUGAAAUUAAAGCAAAUGUAGUUCACUGUAACUUUAACAGACCCAUGCUGAAGUAGAGGGUGUGAAGAUGUUUCUGCCAUGUCCCUUGAAAAAAAACUGUCCUGACCUUGCAUGCUGUGGGAGCAGGCUGGAAGCCACUGAACACAGAAGUAUCCUUCACUCCAGAUAGAAUCAAACCCUUCACUUCCCUGUGCUUCACCCAACCUCUGCUCUGAGAUUCACGGUACAAUGGGACUUGCGACUUCCAUAUCUCUGCAUUAACUGAGCCACUUGUGCAGCCCAGACCACUUUUUGGCCUUUGUGCUGUAUCUUUUCAAAUGGUGACAUGAUUUGAAACAAUCCUGAAGCCAGAAGCUGCAAGAUCCUUUGUUGCCUCCCUUUUGUGGGAGCUGCUGAGCAGAGAGUCAAUGGUGUUUAUUCCCAUCAGCCAGGAGGACCCCUCAGUUUGUCACACAUUCAUUUGCAAAGCUGGCCAUUGAAACAGACACUUUUCAGUUGGGAGGAUCUCACCAGGGGCCACUGAGAUCCUACACCCUUAGAAGCCCCUGAUGCUGUUUUCUCUACUGUAAAUUUUCAGGUUAGAACUGCACUUUAACCCAUUCACUGCUGGUUUUCAGUUACUCCUGUUUGUUUCCAUUACUUUUCUAUGCUAUUCUGUCUUCCAAAUAUGCUGGAAUCAUGGUAGCACACAACACAUUUUGUGCCUGAAUAUGGAUAUCAGAAUCACUGUCUUCAAGUAUUGAUUAUUUAAACAGCAUCAUCUCUAAUUUUUGAAAACACCAAUAAUUACAUAAGACAAACUUACCUCACAGGGAUGUUGUGAGGCUUUCAUGAGUAUUUGUAUGGCCUUCAGAAAGACAAAGCCAUCCUGUAAGUGCUUAAUAGUAUUUUAAUAAAUAUUUGAAUAUUUUCCUCCAAAUUGAUUGGGUAUUUGAAAAUGCUUUGGGGAGCACAUGGACAUGGGAUGCAAAGGAUGUAUGGGGAGAGCAGCGUUCAGGACGGAUUGUUUGGGGUAUUUUUUUAAUGCAUUAGAGAAUAUCUCACUGAGAAGGGAUGGGUUGCAGUGCUUUUAGCUAAUCCCUCUUGAGCUACUCAGAAAUUUCCCAUUUAUUUCGCAUAGGCCAAAAGACUGAACUGUGUGGCAGCUGUUCUACUUCUGUCCUGCAGUCACUGUACAAAAUCUCUGUAGCCAUCAGCCCCUGCUCAGGUGUGUUUUGCUGCUUCCAGCACUGCCAAGGGCCCACUUUCAAAUGCCAUUGCUGCAUUGCCUGGCAGCCACUCUGCCAUCCCCAGAUGACAAGAAAUCCUCUAAUGCACCCUCUCAAGCCCAUGUGCAUCUUGAGACACGUGAAGAUUUGUUGCAGCUCCUCUACUGAUAAAAAGUGAGCUCUAAUGAGAAAGCACACGUCAGUAUUUCCCACCCAACCCCACCCCAUGCCCUAGCAAUACCUCAGUUAUACUUUUAAUAUUGGGAUGAGAAUGAUUGUUGAAACCAGCCAUUUCCAGCCCUUUUCUGGAAUUCUUUGCAGUAGUGAUGUUCUGUCUCUUCCUACUCUUGGAGAUCUCCGUGUUGUUUAUUCAUGGCACCCAGCCUAGGGACUGCAAUUGUGUGCUUGACAUAUGUACCAUACUUGUGUAAGCACUUGCUAGAAAAGGUAAGACUCUUGUCACCCUCAUGGGAACAGCCAGCUUCUGAUAGUGUUCUGCUUUUAAUCCAGUGACACCUCAAACUUAAAAGGCUGUUGCAGGCUCACUUCUUCAUUCACCUGGAGGUAGCAGAAUUCCUGCAGCAGAGGGGCAACCUCUUACAUUUCUCAUGCAUUCAGAGUAGAAAAAAAGUAAGGGGGAGGGGAGUUUGUUCAGGUUUUUGGAGACGCUGUCACAAAAGUUCUCUGACUUCUCUUGUGGUGGUAGUUGGUGCAGCUCAACUCUAGUGUCAGUACACUCAUGAUUCUUUGAUGCCAGCGUGUUGCAGAAGAACUGUGGCAGGAUUCAGGAGACCCUGUAGUUUAGUUUAGUAAAUUUUUAAUGCUUCCUGAAUGUUCAGAUCAAAAAACAAAAACAAAAA